AUGGCGCGUCGCGCUCAGAGCGCCGGAGGGGUGGACGAGGUGCCGAUGGUGAUCGACGGCGGCAAGAAAGGGUUGGCGCAGAGCAUGCACCACCCCAAUGCCGGCCAAGGAGCGUUCACAACGGCAUCGCGCACUAAUCCUGACCCUCCUGCGGACCGAGACCAGCCCGAGGAACACGUACGAGAAGCCUACCGACAUAUCGCCAGCCUGGUGCACGGGGAGACCUUCCAAGGCGUCUGGGAGGCCAUCCAAAAGCUUUUACGCGCCGAUCGCGAGGCGCACGCGCCACGUGGCCAAACUUCGGAUAAACUCACCACAACGAAAACAGAACUCUCGGCGACUACGGCAGGCUAUAAGGGAUUUCCCGGUGAUCUGCCGGAUCGGACGAUUCGCCGGAUUUUGGUUCCCUUGCAUUCCGGUGAAGAUUUGAGUGAAACUCCACGAAAAUAA